GUUAAUCCAAUUUUCUAUUGAUAUAAUGGGAAUGCAUAUCUUGAUUGCUAGACUUGACAUGAUUGUGUUAUUAACAUAACCAGAACCAUUGAAUGAGAUUCAAUAAUUUGAAAUACAAAAAUACCUCAGAUUAAAUAAAACAUUAUUUACUGAUUGCCAGAUCAAUUCAUUAAUAUAACUCAUUCAAAAUAAAAACUAUGAACACAUUCGAAAUUUAUAUCAACGAAGAUAUACAAGGUAUACUUUAUGAUUUACAAGACUUGAAGAACUCUUAUCAUUAGAUUUGCCUAUUGAAUAAAUCUACGAUUACUGUAUUCGAGUUUAUCUAAAAGAAAUCAAAAAGCCAGGCACAUCUCUCCUUAAAACAUACAACAACAUAAUAGAAACUCAUAGAUUUUAAUAGACUUAUUUUCUUAAGGAACCUACAUCUUAACAAUUUCAUUAUAAUUGUUUAGAUUUAGAGUAUGAUGAUUCAAAUAAAUAUUUACUACUAUCUUCGUUAUAUAAUAGAAAUAGAUUUGACGAACCAAGAUUCAUUUACUUGUCAGAUCUAUUACGAAGAAGAAUGUAACAGAUGAUUAAAGAUAUCUCAGAUAGAAAUUAAAAUAUACAAAAAAACAUUACAUAAUAUUAUCAUUAAAAUAAAAGGAAAGCAUAUUGCCUUACACCUAAACCUGUACGAUCUCGCAAUAAUACUUUCUAUAAAAAUAAUGCUAAAAUAUAAGGUUUAAGAGUAUAAACAGAAUUUGUUAUAGAAAAAAGACUGCCUGCUAGAUCAAUUUAUUAAAUAAAAAAAAUCUAGUUACUUGAUGAAAAUGAGAAUACAACUCCUAACACUAAAAAUAGUUGUAAAGCUUUAGGGAGACCUCGAAGUCUUAUAAGAACUAAGUUUUAAUAACUGAUCAAUUGA